GAUAGUCGCAUGUAUCGAGUCUGGAGUGAAGAUCGGAAGUUCUUGCACGCAUUGUGAUCUAUUGGAUUAACCACAGCAACAUAUUCGGAAUGAUGAAUUUCUUGAGUGGCGUGUCGGCAGUGAUGUUGCUCAGUGCGGUGGCUGCAGUGCCUCAGCAAGGUGGAUAUCAGUACAACAGGAAUCAGUACAAUCAGCCGCUCGGAGUGCAGCCCCUCCUCGGCAAUCCGGGUCAGCAAUUCAACCAGCAGCAGGGCUUCUCGCAGUCACGCAACAGCGUCCCAAUCACUUCGUACACGAACGAAGUGGGUCACGACGGCUCCUUCACGUACGCCUACACCACGGGGGACGGCCAGGGCGCCCAGGCGCAGGGCUACCUCAAGAACGCCGGCAACAAGGACCUCGAAGCGCAGGUGGUGCAGGGCUCGUACUCCUACACGGCUCCCGACGGCACGCCCAUCUCCGUGAAGUGGUUCGCCGACGAGAACGGCUUCCGGGCGGAGGGCCUGCACCUGCCCACGCCACCCCCGAUCCCCGAGGCGAUAGCCAAGUCGCUGCAGUUCAUCGCCCGCGCGCAGAAUUUGCCGCAGAGUGGCUACAAUCAGUACCAGAACGAUCAAGGUUUCAAUAAAUACGGCUGAUGAGGCAACCACCGAGCGAAUAUGGGUCACAAUUCAUCCACUUCUUCGACUACCAAGACGGAUUUUUCUGCCAGCAUGUGUAAAUAGACACUCUCUUUUGGAAUAUUUCCUCAUUCAUCAGAUCAACAAAAUACCAUCAACAGCCAAAUUCCUCAGAAGAAAACCCGCCCUCGUGUUAUGCAAUGGAUAUUUGCUAUGUAAAAUACUUCCUCCUACCGUAGAUCAUUAUUUAAUCCCAUGUAAAUGUUGCGAUAAUAAAUCAGAA